AUGAAGCAAAAGAUUGUCAUUCAGUUGAGCAUGUCGUGCGACAAACGCCGGUCCAAAGCACUGACUCUGGCUGCCAGAGCAGCCGGGGUGACGUCCAUGGGGAUAACCGGCGACGCCAGGGACCAGCUGGAGGUGGUCGGCGACGGCGUCGACCCGGUGUGCCUCGUCAGCUGCCUCCGAAAGAAGCUCGGCCACGCCCAAAUCAUCAAGGUGGAGGAAGUCAAGAAGCAGGAGGAGAAGAAGAAGGAUGACCCGAAGCCGAAGCCGGCCGAGUCCGUGUACCUGCCGCCGUACUACUACUACCCUCCCAGUUACUACCACCAAUGGUGGUAG